AUGUGGAUGCAAAAAUCCGUCGAGGGAUCAAGUUUCUCGUCGUCUAGCGGUCAUUUACACGAUCGUAAUCGGUUUAACUCUCACUAUGCACAAGGAGGAUCUUCUCAUGGUCAUGCUGCUUCUAUUGAUACAAGUGAUUGGAAAAGUAAGAUCCUAGAAAGUGGUCAAUGGCUUGGAGGAAAAGUGAUUGAAUAUGGAGGAAAAUUAGCACGUGGACCUACAACGGAUUCAAUUCCAGAUCACUAUGCACAUCAAAUGCCAAGGAAUGAUGGUCGUGCUAAUUGGAUGGCUGAUAUUCGUAGUUCCUCAUCGUCGUUACAAGCUCGUGGAAGCAGUUCAUCAGGCGGUUUUACCGGUGGAUACCAGAAUGAUUUUGUUACUGAACGACCUAAGGCUUAUUCUGACUUUAGUAAGGGAUGUUCAAAUAAUUCAUUGGCUGGUAAAGGAUAUGAAGGAUAUGAUCGAGGUGAGAGCUCAAGAGAUUCUUCCAACGAUACCAAGAAUCGUCAUGCAAAGAAAAAGAAAGAGGGAAAGAAGAGUAUGACGAAAAGUAAAAAGAAAGCUAAACAGAAGAAACAACAGAGUGACAGUGAUAAUGAAGUGGAAAGUAAAAAAGAAGAAAUGUCCGUUUCUGAAUCGUCAGAGACCGAGUCGAUGGACGAACGACGUCACAAGAGUAAAGUGAAGGCCAAGAAAAAGUCGAAGAAUGUGAAGAAACGCAGUAAAUUUUACUCGGAGGAGAGCGAGAGUGACCACGAGCAUGACAAGAGAAAGGCGUCAACGAGCUAUGCGUUCUCCUUUGAUCCGGCAAAGCUACCACCUUCACCUGCAGAAGAUCAAGAGAGGGUGAUUAAUAAAAAGAUUAAGGUGAAGAAGAGCAAGAAGGACAAGGUUUGCAAAAAAUUGCACUCUCGGCGGGCCCCAAUUGCGUCCUUAGACGACGAGUUAACGUCAGAAAAGGAAAGAUUGCAUACGGCGAAAAAGCGCAGCAGCAAGACGCUGGGUGCAACUGCUAGCAGUGCCAGCGUGGACUUGCUUGGUGUGGAUUUGGAUGAGCUGCCUUUAGCGCAGCCACUUGAUUCCGGUCGUUCUACACAAGCAGUGCAACCUUCAGUAUUUGAUACACCACAGAGCCAGAAUCCUUUGCAAGACCUGGCAGGUUUGAGCUUUACAGGUCCUGUUCAAGAUCCUGUUCAAGAUCCUGCUCCAACGCAGUCACCCGCAUUCGAUGGUAACGCGGUAGCAGCCGCUUCUAACGAGGCUAUGAAGCCUCUUCACUCGCAAAGUAAUGAUUUUCUGACGAAGCUGCUGCCGGAGAACAAUAUCGUAGACUUAAGCUCUCUAGUGAGUGAUAAGAAGAAGUUGUCUGCGAACCCGGACGCGAAACGGACACUUAACGAAAUGCAGAAGGCCAGCGGCAGCAACCAGCCAAAGCCAGUGAUGGCGAUGCCUAUGCAAGGACAGCAACAGCCGAACACACCGGGCAGCAUGAUGCAGCUCAACAUGAACCAACUUCAGAUUACAGACGGCGCUACAGGAAUGCAGCAACGAAUGUAUUCGAAGAUGCAGAUGCACCAAAUGCCCAUGCAGGCGCAGCCUCAAAUGCUGAUGAUGCAGCCUCAGAUGGCCAUGAUGACGCAUUCUCAGAUGCUGAACGACCAGAUGAUGCACAUGCAACCGUUUGCGCAAGGCGGCGCGACCACGGCACAGCCACCAGAAGCGGCAAACUGUACAAGAUCAGAUUCGUUUCACCAGCUUCCGUGA